CCGGUGCUCACUCAAACGUACGUUCGCGGAGGUGGACCACGUGGUCGAUUCAAUGGAUACCGUGGACGAGGGCGUGGCCGUGGAGGACGAGGCAGACUACCUCAUCAUGGACCCGGUGGACCGAUGCCAACCGCGUCGCGAGACAUCCCGGCGGAAACCACUGAAGAAGGUAAACGGUUUUGCACCUUCUGCAAACGUGAAGGACAUCUGGAGUUCCGUUGCUUCGACAAGCGGCGUGCAAUGCGGGACGUGCAGGCAAAUGGCGGUGCCCGGGGUGAUCGGGUGGAGCAUCCCGAUGGAAGCCGUGGAUCCGGAGCUUCAGGACGAUAUUGAGCGCGACGUCGUUGUACCAUCCACUCCUGCGCACGAGCCCCCGUCGCCAAUGGAAGAUGAUGAUCAUCGACCCGUUAUCCGGACACUCCGGAACCGUGCCAUCCGCAGUUCAUCACCUUAAUAUUCUUUUACCGCUUGCUUAUUUGUGCUUACUGUACUUGCUCAUUUUUGAUUCACUGUCUGUGUUUCCUGUUGUUGUCACUUUGUCUGGUGACCAAAGUUCUUAAGAUACGGGGUGCUGUGUGAUGAGUAAUCACCUGUAGUGCUACCGACACUCUUGUGAGUGAUGUAGCCGGUUAUGCAACAGUUUGUUGUUUAUGUCACGUUUGAACUGAUAUCUUUGCAAUGAUGAUUUCUUAUGCAUAUUUCAUAGCUUGUGUGUUCUUGCAAAAC